ACCAGUCCACCACCACCCCUCCCCCUCCCUCUUCAUCUCGCAUCACCACAGCUGGCGCGUCCCACCCAUGGCAGCCUCCUCCCUUCCCCCACACGGCGCCAGACCCUAAGCUAAAGCAGCGGCCUCACUUUCUCCUCUCUCCGCCUGUCCUCGGAGUCGGGGAUCGACGAUCCUCUCCAUGGCCACCUCUGCAUCCUACCCCCUCCUACGCGUCCGGCCUCCGGCUUCGGGCGGUAGUGCUUUUCCCCUCAAGCGUCUCCGCCCGAUUCACUGCCGCCGCGGGGCACCAACCUCCCACUCCCAGCGCCGCCUCCACCUUCUCCACCUCCACACGCGCGGCGUGCCUGCUGCGGCCCCUCCCCGCGCCACGGCCGACCCGUCGUCCGCCUCGAGCGCGGUCGACGCGGCGGGAUCCCAAGCGGCGGAUGAGGGAGCCGGCGCCGGCUCCGCCGUGCUGCUCGACGUGAGCGGCAUGAUGUGCGGCGGCUGCGCGGCGCGGGUGCGGGCCAUCCUGGCCGCGGACGCGCGGGUGGAGACGGCGGCCGUCAACCUCCUCGCCGAGUCCGCGGCGGUGCGGCUGCGGGCGCCGGCGCCGCCCGGCGCGGGGGAGGAGCUCGCGGCGAGGCUCACGGAGUGCGGGUUCCCGACCACGGCGCGCCGAGGGGGCGCGGCGGCAGCGGGGGCCGGGGAGAGCGCGCGCAAGUGGAGGGAGAUGGCGGCCAGGAAGGAGGAGCUCCUGGCGCGGAGCCGGGGGCGCGUGGCGUUCGCGUGGACGCUCGUCGCGCUCUGCUGCGGCUCGCACGCGUCCCACAUCCUCCACUCGCUUGGCAUCCAUGUCGGCCACGGAACGUUUUUGGAUUUGUUGCAUAAUACUUAUGUGAAAUGUGGCAUUGCUACCACGGCUUUGUUUGGGCCUGGAAGAGACAUACUGUUUGAUGGUUUUAGAGCAUUCAAGCAAGGUUCCCCCAACAUGAACUCUCUAGUAGGAUUCGGCUCUGCAGCUGCAUUUGCUAUCAGUGCAGUGUCCUUGCUGAACCCUGAGUUGGAGUGGAAUUCAACCUUUUUUGAUGAACCGGUCAUGCUUCUUGGAUUUGUACUUCUUGGACGAUCUCUUGAAGAAAGUGCAAGGCUUAAGGCAUCCAGCGAUAUGAACGAGCUCAUUUCACUGUUAUCACCUCAAUCGAGGUUAAUUGUUACUUCCUCAAGUGAUGACCCUUCUUCGGACCCUAUUUUGAAUUCUGAUGCAAUCACAAUUGAGGUUCCUGUUGAUGAUGUCCGUGUUGGAGACUCAAUAUUGGUCCUACCAGGAGAAACUAUACCUGUAGAUGGUGAUGUCAUCGGAGGAUCAAGUUUUGUUGAUGAAUCAAUGCUUACUGGAGAGUCCUUGCCUGUAGCCAAGGAGACAGGGCUUCCUGUAUUUGCAGGAACUGUGAACUGGGAUGGCCCGCUGAAGAUCAGAGCAACUUGUACUGGACCAUCAUCAACAAUUUCUAAGAUAGUCCGCAUGGUUGAGGAUGCCCAAGCACGUGAAGCUCCUGUUCAAAGGCUCGCAGAUUCCAUUGCAGGACCAUUUGUGUAUACUGUUAUGACGUUGGCUGCUGCAACCUUUUCCUUCUGGUAUUACAUUGGCACACACUUAUUUCCGGAGGUCCUUCUGAAUGAUAUUGCUGGCCCAGAUGGGGAUUCAUUACUUUUGAGUAUAAAGCUUGCUGUGGAUGUACUAGUUGUUUCCUGCCCUUGUGCGCUUGGAUUAGCUACACCUACAGCUAUCUUAAUAGGAACUUCCCUGGGUGCUAAAAGAGGAUUACUUAUUAGAGGAGGUGAUGUUUUAGAGCGUUUGGCUGGAAUUGAUGCUCUUGUGCUUGAUAAGACAGGGACGCUUACAGAAGGAAAACCAGUAGUUACUUCUAUUGCUUCUCUGGCAUAUGAGGAGGCAGAGGUUCUUUGUCUCGCUGCUGCAGUGGAGAAAACAGCAUUGCACCCAAUUGCAAAUGCUAUAAUGAACAAGGCUGAACUGCUCAAGCUGGAUAUUCCAAUCACAAGUGGUCAGCUUACAGAGCCUGGAUUUGGCUGUUUGGCGGAAGUAGAUGGGUGUUUAGUUGCAGUAGGUACUUUGGAUUGGGUACACAAUCGUUUUGAAACUAAAGCAUCACCAACUGAACUGAGAGACCUUAGAAACCGUCUGGAGUUUAUGUUGUCCAGUGAAGCAUCAUCAUCAAAUCAAUCGAAGUCAAUAGCUUAUGUUGGUCGUGAAGGAGAAGGAAUUAUAGGUGCUAUUGCUAUAUCAGAUAUUUUGCGAGAAGAUGCAAGGGUAACUGUGGACAGAUUGCAGCAAGAAAGCAUUUCAACAUUUCUACUAUCAGGGGAUAGGGAAGAAGCAGUGACAAGCAUUGGGAGGACUGUUGGAAUCAGGAAUGAAAACAUAAAGUCUUCCCUAACUCCGCAGGACAAAGCAAGCAUUAUAUCAACUUUGCAAGGGCAGGGACACAGAGUUGCAAUGGUUGGUGAUGGAAUAAAUGAUGCGCCAUCUUUGGCAGCUGCAGAUGUUGGAAUAGCUAUGCGAACUCACUCAAAAGAGAAUGCCGCCUCUGAUGCAGCUUCAGUUGUUCUAUUAGGCAACAGACUUUCUCAGGUUGUAGAUGCAUUAUCCCUGUCGAAAGCAACUAUGGCAAAAGUUCACCAAAAUUUGGCUUGGGCAGUGGCAUAUAACAUAGUAGCCAUUCCCAUUGCCGCUGGAGUGUUACUGCCUCAAUUUGAUUUCGCCAUGACACCAUCUCUCUCAGGGGGGUUGAUGGCCCUGAGCUCCAUCUUUGUCGUCAGCAAUUCUUUGCUUCUGCAGCUGCAUGGGUCGUUUCAGAACACAGAGAAACGACAGGGUGAUUUGAGCUCAAGAUUAAAUUUGAAUCGUUCGGUUCAGUCUUCCCAGCAGUAGGAUAGUGCUUCAUCAUGGUACUGGAUGAUAGAGGGUGCUGAUACCGGUUUUCUAGCUCCAGCUCAAGACAUACGGGGCUGAAACCAGUCGAGCUAAAACUAGCACGCGAUUCUUGUCAGUUGUAGCAUGUUGGUGUACAGUUCAUAUAAGUAGAGUAGUAAACAUACUAAUCACCUGGAAGGGCAAUAAGGUUACCUUUGCCAGAGCCCUCAAAUAUAUCAUUGUAGAUUUGUAAUGGUGUUGUUUGUAAGGGCCUGUUUGUAAACAAAGUGGAUUAUUGAUUACUGGCUGAGAUCGUUGGGGCGUGCGUAUGAA